UUGGCCGAAACCGGUGACGUACAAACUCCGCGUCCGUUGGCUCGCUCUCAACAGAGUUCUUGUGCGCGUGCGUGGCUCCCGAGGUUUCCGCGGCUACCUGAGAUAGUGAGAGAACUAGAGACCCGAGGAGUUUUAAAAAAAACUGGUAUUCAUGAGUUGUGAUUACAUAAAAACUACACAAUGUCAAGGAAGACUAAAAGAUCCACUGGAGAUGUUUCAUUCUGGGAACCUGGUAAAAAUAUGCGCCCCUAUGGUUCGAUAUUCAAAAUUGGCUUUCAGAACACUAGUGAGGAAAUACAACUGUGAUCUGUGUUAUACUCCAAUGAUAGUUGCUGCUGAUUUUGUCCGAUCUACAAAAGCCAGAGAUAGUGAAUUCACGACAAACAAAGGUGAUUGCCCGCUGAUUGUUCAAUUUGCUGCUAAUGAUGCACAACUUUUAUCUGAUGCUGCCCGAAUAGUCUGUCCUUAUGCGAAUGGAAUAGACAUUAACUGUGGUUGCCCUCAGAGAUGGGCCAUAACAGAAGGAUAUGGGGCAUGUUUAAUAAAUAAACCCGAACUUGUUCAAGAUAUGGUUAAACAAGUAAGAAGUCAAGUGGAAAACCCAAAUUUUUCAGUGUCCAUUAAAAUAAGGAUCCAUGAUGAUCUUACAAGAACUAUAGAUCUCUGUCGGAAAGCUGAAGCAACAGGGGUUUCCUGGAUUACAGUUCAUGGGAGAAAUAUUGAAGAAAGACAUCAACCAGUACACUAUGAUGCAAUUAAAAUAAUUAAAGAAAAUUUGUCUAUACCUAUAAUUGCUAAUGGAGACAUUAAAAGCUUAAAGGAAGCAGAAAAUGUUCAGGAAAUGACCGGGACAAAUGGUAUAAUGGUUGCAAGAGGACUUUUAGCAAAUCCUGCCAUGUUUGCUGGAUAUAAAGAAACCCCCCUGAAAUGCAUCUGGGACUGGGUUGACAUUGCUCUUGAGCAUGGAACACCUUUUAUGUGUUUUCAUCAUCAUUUAAUGUAUAUGAUGGAAAGGAUAACGUCAAAACAAGAAAAAAAGAUGUUUAAUUCUCUGUCAAGUACAACUGCAGUAUUAGACUACCUUACAGACCAUUAUAGCAUGUGAAACUGUAUGUCAGAUAUUUAAUGUAUUUUUCACAUUCAUAAUGAAAAUUGUUUUUGCUUUAAAUUCUAUAGUACAAAAGAAAAGGCUUACUAGUAUUGUAGUUUUAUCAGAUUUUUUUCUGAAGGAAUCAUAUUUUAAUAUUUUUAUAAGAAAUUUUAUUUUAAAGCAAAACAUUUAUGAUUUUUAUAUAACUCCUAUAUGUGGGUAUAAAAAUUGCUAUACAUUGUUUUUGAUUAAAAUAACUGCAGAGGCAUUUCAAAACCAGUGCCAAAAAGCAAAUUGUAUCAGAUGUAAUGGCUUCAACACAUCCAAAAUUUCCUGAAAUUCCUUAAAUGGAAUUGUUUAACAAAUUCUCUGCACUACCAGAUCACUUAGGAGAUUGGGGGGGGGGGGGGGGGGGGACUUGAUAAAGACAUAUUCCUGAAAGUUAAAUAAAUGGUAUUCCCCUUCCUAUCUGUGAAUUACUUUCCUAGCUGAAAUGUUUGUAUCUUUCAUCUUAGGGAUGAAUGUUUUUAGGGACAGAUUAUAAAGAAUUAUAUCUGCCUCACAGUGGAAAACAAAAAGAAAGUUUAUCCUUUUUUAAAGGUAUUAUAUGUUUUGAUAAACAAGUUUUGGUAUUUAAUUGCUUUCCAGUGAUUGAUGACAACAUUGAAUCCAUUGCUAUGGGAAUUUAUCAUAUGUUGGGAGUGGGAAACUGCAUGAUUAUCUGUAGUGGAGAAUGUGCCACUAUUGGAAUUAAGAAUUUUAUACUGAAAUUAGCUCAAUCCUGUAAUUGUUUUGGAUGUUGACAAUGAAUAUUUGUAUCCCACUGUGUUAGCAAGUGAAUCCAAAGUAUGAUGUGACAGUUUUUCAAAAGAAUUUUAAUUCUCAAACUUUUCCUUAAAUAACAUUUUUAAAUAAACUUAUUUCUAUAAUAUUUAA